AAAGGGGAUUGGGUCUAGACAUCGUGACAAAAGAGGGUGGGUUAGUACUGUUGUGAAGGGGGGUUGCUCAGGAGCCCCACUAUUAAACGCAAGUGGUGAGCUAGGAAGGAGCGUGUAAUUUAUUGUUGGUUACUUUCUGGAAGACACAUUCAAUCAGGAUGCCAGAGCCGGUCCAAAAAACAGUCUCAGCAUUUGCCAAGAAACCAAAGACUCAGGUGGCAGAGGAAGGGGCAACAGUGGUUUUUGAGACAGAGACAGAGAAGCCUGAUGCGAAGGUGAGAUGGCAGUGCAACACAAAGGACCUUGUCUCGGACGACAAGUAUGUGAUCAAGGCAGAUGGAAACAAGCACUCACUUACCAUCCAAGAAGUCACCAAGGAGGACGGCACUGCCUAUGCAGUGAUYGCCGGAGGGUCAAAAGUCAAGUUUGACCUAAAGGUGAAGGAGAAAGAAGUCAUGGAGGAAGUCAAAUUGGAAUUGAAGGAGAAAGUGAAGGAGAAGAAAGAGGAAGCCCAGGGUGGAGCAGGGGACCCAGCAGCUUCAGAUCCAGCUGCUACAGACACUGAAGCUCCAGUGGAGGCCCCAACCCCAGCAGAGACCCCUGCAGCAGCGGACACUACACCAGCAGCACCUCAGCCAGGUGCCAAUAUACAGGCACAUGACACUCCAGGAUUUGAUGAAAGUCAAGCCCCUGACACGAAGACAGACCUCACUGGCCUGUUUACAGAGAAACCCCAGAGUGGGGAGGUCGCUGUGGGUGAGAACAUACAUUUUGUGGCUAAAGUGAAUGCUGCUUCACUGCUGAAGAAGCCCACCAUCAAGUGGUUUAAGGGGAAGUGGAUGGACCUGGCUAGCAAGUCUGGAAAGAACCUGCAGCUCAAGGAGCUUUAUGAUCGUAACUCUAAGGUCUACACCUUUGAGAUGCAGAUCAUUGCAGCCAAGCCCAGCUUCGCUGGAGCUUACAGGUGUGAGGUGUCAUCCCGGGACAAGUUCGACAGCUGCAACUUUGACCUAACUGUGCAUGGUGGGUGCCCUCACACACAGGGUUUUGACAUCAGGGCAGCUUUCAGGCGCACCAGUAUGGAUGGAAGCGAGGAAGCAGGAGAGUUGGACUUCAGUGCCUUGUUGAAGAAAAGAGACAGUUGUUUUAAAGGUUCACCAGGUCAUCGUGCCUCUAAGUCCCAGGUCAAAAGUSAGCCUGAUGAGGAUGUAUGGGAAAUCCUCCAGAAGGCUCCAGCCAGUGAGUAUGAGAAGAUUGCCUUCCAGUAUGGCAUCACAGACCUGCGUGGGAUGUUGAAGAGGCUGAAGAAGAUGAAGAAGGAGGAAAAGAAGAGUGAAGUUUUCCUAAAGAAGCUGGACCCUGCCUACCAGGUAGAAAAAGGGCAUAAAAUGAAACUAUGCAUUGAUGUGGCCAAUGAAGACGUAGAUGUAAAAUGGUUGAAGAAUGGGCAAGAGAUUCAAUCAACUGGAAGCAAGUACAUCUUUGAGAGUGUUGGCAACAAGCGAUACCUCACCAUCAACCACUGCUCACUGUCAGACGAUGCCACAUACACUUGUGUGGUCGGAGAUGAGAAGUGCACCACAGAGCUCUUUGUCAAAGAGCCUCCUGUCACUAUUACAAGUAAUCUGGAGGACCAGAUGGUCAUGAAGGGUGAGCGGGUGGAGUUAGAGUGUGAGGUGUCAGAAGAAGGGGCUACUGUCAAAUGGGAGAAAGAUGGUGUGGAGCUGACAAGGGAUGAGUCCUUCAAGUACCGCUUCAAGAAAGAUGGCCGCAAGCACGUCCUCAUCAUUAAUGAGGCAACUAAGGAGGACUGUGGCCACUACACAGUUAAAACCAAUGGCGGUGAAUCUAUGGCUGAAAUCAUGGUGUCGGAGAAGGAACUGGAGGUGUACCAAAACAUUGCUGACCUCACGGUGAAGGCAAAGGACGAGGCUGUGUUUAAGUGUGAGGUCUCAGAUGAGACUGUGAAGGGUAUCUGGUACAAGAAUGGAGUGGAAGUGAAGGCCGAUGCCAGGACCCAUAUUACACACAUUGGCAGGAUCCACAAGCUCACUAUUGAUGAUGUCAAACCUGAGGACCAGGGUGACUACACCUUUGUUCCAGAGGGAUACGCAUUCAACCUCUCAGCCAAACUCAACUUCCUGGAGGUCAAGAUCGAUUAUGUGCCUCGCCAAGAUCCUCCAAAGAUCCACCUUGACUGCAUGGGUCACACGGCCGACUCCACCAUAAUGGUGGUGGCUGGGAACAAGCUGCGACUGGACGUGCCCAUCACUGGAGACCCAGCGCCUACUGUGGUCUGGACAAAGGGAGAAAAGGUGAUGACAGAGGGAGAUGGAAGGCUCCACGUGGAGAGCACCAAGGGACACUGUAUCUUCACUAUUGAGGGAGCGGAUAAACAGGACGAGGGCCUCUACUCUGUGAUUGUGCGGAACCCUGCUGGGGAGGACAAAGCUGACAUUAACGUCAAAGUUGUUGAUGUGCCAGACCCUCCCUCGGCCCCAAGGAUCCUCAGUGUUGGAGAGGACUCCUGCGUUGUCCAGUGGGACCCCCCUAAGUCAGAUGGUGGCAACCCGAUCAUUGGCUAUGUGCUGGAGAGGAAGAAGAAGAAGAGCUACAGGUGGAUGAGGCUGAACUUUGACCCCUACACUGAUACUACCUAUGAGGCCAAGAGGAUGAUAGAGGGUGUGGAAUAUGAGAUGCGUGUCUAUGCAGUGAACGCCAUUGGCAUGUCAUGUCACAGCGCUGCCUCACAACCUUUCAUCCCAGUGG